AUGGGUUUAAUCUCAGAAGCUGAAGCAUUCCCAAAAAUCCAAGCUCGCUUGGACAAAGUCGACCCAAACAACCAAAAAGUCGUUCAUGUCUUUAAACUUAAAAUUCAACAAAAUGGAGCAAUUGUCAAGACAAUGAUGUUGGACUUGGUUAAGAUUAAGUUCUACGAAGGAGAUGAAGAGGCUGAAUGCACAUUGGUUCUCGAUGAUGCUUUACUCAAUGAUAUUGUCUUCAAACGAACUGAUGGAAUGGAGGAAUUGAAGGAUGGAAGACUCGUCGUAGAAGGAAACGUAGAAUUGUUGAUGAAAUUAAAGGAAGCCUUGUCAGGACCUCCACCUUCAUAA